UUAUAAACUCUGCGCUCCAGUCCCCUCAGUCUUGCACACCGGCAGCACGGCAAGUGGGUACAACAACGCCCACUGCUACAUUCUGAGCUUGGUUUUGUUUUGUUUUUUUCCCCCCCAGCCCCCCUCACCCUCUACCUCCUACACACACUUUUUAUUGUCUUUCUUUUUGUGCGUCAAAAUGACUGGUGUCCCACUCACGAGGGUUCUGGUGGCGGUGUGCGUGUGCAGCGCAGUCGUCCACGGCGUCCCCAAGAAUAAAAGACAGAGUGGACAGUAUCAGGUGUAUCCCGAUUUCCACGACACUGUGGCUGUCGGUGCAGUUGGCUGCGAGGAAAACGGCCGCUCAUUCAGAGUGAACGAGCAGUGGGAGAAACCUUACCGUGGCAGCAUACUGUUGUGCACCUGCAACGGAGCGCAAGGCAUCAAAUGUAAAACUAAGCCUGAAGUGGAGGAAUCUUGUUAUGACAAGUACAAUGAACGGACGUACCAGGUCGGUGAAACCUACGAGAGACCAAAGGAAGGAAUGAUGUGGGACUGCACUUGCAUCGGAUCGGGUCGGGGCAAGAUCAGCUGUACCAUUGCAAAUCGCUGCCAUGAAGGCGGACGGUCUUACAAAAUCGGGGACACCUGGCAGAGGCCUCAUGACACCGCCGACUACAUGCUGGAGUGUGUGUGUCUCGGAAAUGGCAAAGGAGAGUGGACCUGCAAGCCCGUGUCCGAGCGUUGCUAUGACAACAACGCUGCCUCGUCGUACGUGGUGGGCGAGACCUGGGAGAAACCCUACCAAGGCUGGAUGAUGCUCGACUGUACUUGCCUGGGCGAGGGAAACGGGCGUAUCACGUGCACCUCAAGGAACCGUUGCAAUGACCAGGAAACCAGAAGCUCCUACCGCAUUGGAGACACAUGGUCCAAGAAUGACGCCAGCGGGCACGUGCUUCAGUGCUUGUGUUUGGGAAACGGUCGUGGAGAGUGGAAGUGUGAGCGCCACAACGCAGGCCAGGGCACAGGUUCGGUGGCGGUGAGCCCCCUUCGUCCUCAGCUGCAGACCGAGAGCCCCGCUGAAGGAACCUGCCGCACUGACUCGGGAGCCACCUACUACGACGGACAGCGUUGGAUCAGAAGCCAGGGCAGCAAGCAGAUGCUUUGUACUUGUCUGGGCAAUGGCGUCAGCUGUCAGGAGUGGGAGGCCAGGAACCAGGUCUACAGUGGCAACUCCAACGGCCAGCCAUGUGUAUUCCCAUUCGUCUUCAUGGGGAAGACCUACUACUCCUGCACCACGGACGGACGCACGGACGGCCAACUCUGGUGUUCGACCACCUCAGACUACGAGCGAGACCAGCAGUACUCUUACUGUACUGAGAAGAAUGCUAUCGUGGUCACACGAGGAGGCAACUCCAAGGGCGCCCUGUGCCACUUCCCCUACCUCUACAGCGGCCGCAACUACACCGACUGCACAUCUGAUGGCCGUCGCGAUAGCAUGAAGUGGUGUGGUACCACGCACAACUAUGAUGCUGAUCAACACUUUGGAUUCUGCCCCAUGGCUGCAUACGAGGAGGUGUGCACAACUAACGACGGAGUCAUGCACCGUGUCGGAGACAAAUGGGACAAACGCCAUGACGUCAUGGGUCACAUGAUGGAGUGCACAUGCCUCGGGAACGGUCGCGGGGAGUGGAAUUGUAUCGCUCACUCACAGCUGCGAGAUCAGUGUAUAGUGGAAGGCUUGACCUAUGACGUCAACCAGGAGUUCUCCAAGCGCCACGAUGAGGGCUACAUGAUGAACUGUACCUGCUAUGGACAGGGACGUGGGCGUUGGAAGUGUGACGCUAUUGAUCAGUGUCAGGAGCCACAGACGAGGGCGUUCUAUCAGAUUGGAGAGGCAUGGGACAAAGUCAUCCAUGGCAUUCACUAUCGCUGUUAUUGCUAUGGCAACGGGAUUGGAGAAAUGAGGUGUGAACCCCAGCAGAAUUACCAAGGUGGCCACAGGCCAGUCCAAGUCAUCAUCACCGAGGCGGGCAAACAGCCGGACUCGCACCCCAUCCAGUGGAACCCCCCCUCGUCCGUUCAGAUCACACAGUACAUCCUCAAAUGGAAGAUUAAAAAUUCCCGUAAUCCCUGGAGGGAGGUGGUGGUUCCCGGUCACCUCAACUCCUACACCAUCUCCGGUCUGCGGCCAGGGGUCACCUACGAGGGUCAGCUGAUCAGCAUCUUACGCUACGGACAACGAGAGGUCACGCGUUUCGAUUUCACCACCACCCACGGUUCUUUGGAAACAUCCGAGGGAGAGACGAACAAGCCUCCCCCGCAGGUCGACACCUCAGAGUCUGUGACGGAAAUCACCUCCAACAGCUUCGUCGUGUCCUGGACUUCGGCCUCGUCCACCAUCUCGGGCUUCAGGGUGGAGUACGAGCUCAGCGAGGAGGGUGCGCCGCGCCAAGUCUUGGACCUUCCUCAGACAUCCACUUCUGUCACCAUUGGUGACCUUCUGCCAGGGCGAAGAUACAACGUUAACGUCUACGAGCUUCCAGUUGACGGAGACGCCACCCUCAUCCUGUCGACAUCCCAGACGACAUCUCCUGACACUCCUGCUCAGCACGCUAUCGAUGAUGUCGGUGAGACAUCAAUCCGCAUCAGAUGGUCCAGACCUCAAGCGCCUAUUACUGGUUACCGUGUGGUCUACACGCCUUCCGUGGAGGGCAGCAGCACCGAGCUGAAUCUGCCAGACUCGGAGACCUCGGUGACCUUGGUUGACCUUCACCCCGGUGUGCUGUACAACAUCAGCAUCUUUGCCGUGGAGGAGAACCAGGAAAGUGAGCCUGUGUUUCUCCAGGUCCACACGACUGGAUCUUCUCAACCAGAGGAAGUGGCAGCGCCCACCGACCUGCAGUUCUACGAGGUCACAGACGUGAAGAUCACCAUCACGUGGAACGGACCACCCAGCGAGGUGACGGGUUACAAGGUGACCUUCUCCCCCGUCGGGCCUGAUGGCACCGAGAUCAGACCCCUCCAGCUGCCGGUCUCGCCCAACGCCUACGCUGACAUCACCCACCUGCAGCCAGGCACUCUGUACCGCUUCUACGUCUACGCCAUUAACGGGGGUGUGGAGAGCGAGUCGCUGAUGGGAGAGAUGUUUACCAAACCAGAUGCUCCCACCAACAUGCAGUUCACCGACAUUGGCCCGGACAGCGCUCUCGUCGUUUGGGAAGCUCCCCGCGCCGUGGUGUCUGGCUUUCGUCUCUUCUUGAGCAUCGAGGGCUCCAACCCCAUUGAGAAGAGAAUCCCCGGCGGUGUCACCCAAUACGCUCUGAAGAAUUUGCGUCCAGAAACCGAUUAUACUGCUACUCUGCACUCUGAGCUGGACGGUGUGCUUAGUGAGCCCAUUAACACGUAUUUCACCACAGCACCCCAGAUGGGAAACGCACCUGCUUUCACCUCAGAGGUCACUGAUACGUCCAUCAUCAUCACCUGGACACCUGUCCGCAGGUUUAGCUACAAGCUAUCUGUGCUUCCCAGCCAGGAAGGAGAGUCUCCGAGACACAGGACCGCUGACUCUGGACGCCUUUUUGUAACUGGUUUGAUACCUGGAACUCAGUACACAUACACUGUUCAGCCCAUCUUCAAUGGACGCCCCCGUGGGAAUCCCAUCACCCGCAACGUUGUCACUUCCUUGUCUCCUCCCACUGACCUGAGAGUCCAGUCCAACUCUGACACAGGAGAUCUCACCGUCCACUGGGCAGCGUCCAAAACACCAGGACUCACAGGUUACAGAGUGUCCAGCACGCCGACCAGCGGGCAGACAGGAAACAGCAUCGAGGAGUUUGUGAGGGCCGAUCAAACCUCAUGCAUGCUGGAGAACCUGAAUCUAGGGGUGGAGUACAACAUCAGUGUGUUCGCUGUCAAGGACCAUUUGGAAAGUGUGCCCGUGUCCACUAUUAUCACCCCAGACAUACGCCCACCGAGACAUAUUCACUUUGUCGACAUUACUGACACCACCAUUGGCCUGCGCUGGAUCCCUCUGAACUAUUCGAGCCUAACGGGUUACCGGAUAACGGUAGCGACGGCGGGUGAGAGCUUGCCCAUUUUUCAAGACAUGGUGGACGCAUCUGCUGGUUAUUACACGCUUCGUGGUUUGGAGCCUGGUGUGGACUAUGACAUCAGUAUCGUCACGGUUACGGAAGAGGGGGAAAGCGAGCCAACCACACACACAAAGCAAACUCAAGCGGUGAUUCCAGCCCCCACCAACUUGCAAUUUGGAGGAGUGGGUCCUGACCACAUCAGGGUCACAUGGACAGUCCCCCAUGUCGCCACCCCGAGCGACAUAUCUCGCUUUGUCAUCCGCUACAGCCCUGUGACCGAAGACCAUGAUUUGAAGGAGGUCAACGUGGGUGGAGCCUCCAACACCUUCUUGCUGCAGAACUUGCUUCCUGACACUGAAUAUCACAUCAGUGUGGUGUACGUGUACGGAGAGCGAGAGAGCAAUCCGGCCAGAGGAACGCAGAGGACAACUCUUGAUUCCCCAACUGGUUUGGACUUUUCUGACAUUCAAACCAACUCCUUCACCAUCCACUGGCGGGCUCCAACCGCGACUAUCACGGGUUACCGGAUCCGCCAUCAGAGGACAAGUGGUGGGCGCACCAAGGACGAGAAACUCCCGCCUAGCAGGACUCAUUACACGCUGACCGGACUGACUCCGGAGACGGAGUACCUCAUCGCUGUGUACGCAGUCAAAGGCAACCAGGAGAGUCAACCUGUGACUGGCACAAAGGCCACAAUCUCUGAUGCUCCCACCGACCUGGAAGUAGUGUCAACCUCACCCACAAGCAUCACCAUUCGCUGGGACGCUCCCUCUGUUGCCGUCAAUCAAUACCGGAUCACUUAUGGAGGCACAGGUGGGGAGACUCCUCAAGAGUUCACCAUCCCAGGCACUCAGACCACCGCCACCAUCACUGGUCUGCAGCCGGGUAGCGACUACACCAUCACGGUUUACGCCGUCACCGGAAGAGGGGAUAACCCCACCUCCAACACCCCGGUCUACAUCACGCAUAAGACUGAUAUUGAGCCGCCUGCUAACAUGGAUGUGACUGAUGUGAGCGACAAUGCAAUCACGGUACGCUGGUCCCCUGCUCGGGGGCCCAUCACAGGCUACAGAAUCACCGGUGCCCCCAAAAAUGGACUAGGACCGUCCUACUCCAAAGAUGUGCCUCCUGCUCAAACUGAGAUGACCCUCACAGGCCUGAUGCCCACUGUUGAGUAUGUUGUGAGCAUCUCUGCCCUGGGCACUGAUGGCCAGCCCUCGUCUGCAGUGGUGGAGAAUGCGAUCACAGCAAUGGAUCGUCCAAAGGACCUGACCUUCUCUGACAUUGACGCCAACUCCAUGCGCAUCGCUUGGGACAGUCCAGAGGGUGCAGUGACGUCAUACCGCGUCCUCUACGCCAGCCCCGAAGACGGGGAGAGAGAGCUGCGUCCGGCACCCAGGGGCGACCAGGACAGCGUGGCCAUAAAAGGCCUUCGAGCCGGGACGGAGUACACAGUCAAAGUUAUUGCCCUGCAUGGCCGCACACCCAGCACACCGUUGGUGGGAACGCAGGCCACAGUCAUUCCCGCUCCGACCGACCUGGUCAUCUCAGAGGUGGGGCCCACUUCUUUCACCGUUUCGUGGCAGGCACCCAACGCGCGACUGAGCGGAUACCGUGUGGUCGUCAACCCAGAGAACAUCAACAGCCCCGCCAAGGAGCUCAAUGUUGCUCCUGACACGACACGUGUGGUCGUACCCGGGCUCAUGGUGGCAACCAAAUACUUGAUCCAUGUCUAUGCACUGAAGAACUCUGUCACCAGCAGACCAUUGGAGGGAGAGGCAACAACACUGGAAGAUGUAAGUCCACCUCGGCGUGUGCGUAUCAUGGAGGUGAAGGACAACUCUUUCACCCUGAACUGGCGUGCCAAGGUGGAGCCCGUCACUGGUUUCCUCAUUGAAGCCACGCCGCAGGGCAGCUCGCAUCCCACAGUCACCAAGACCAUCCCAGCAGAUGUGUACACGUACACCGUCACAGGUCUAAAGCCGGGCGCCACGUAUUCUAUUCACCUGUAUACUGUGAAUGGCAACACAAGGAGUGCACCUGUUACUCUUACUGUUCAAACAGCCAAACCAGUCGUCCAAGCUCCCACCAACCUCCAAGUGACGUCUCUGACCCCCACCUACAUCUCAUUCACCUGGCAACCUCCCGCCACGCCCAUCACGGGUUACUACGUCACCUACGCAGAGCCCAGAGCGACUCCACAAGAGCUGAAGCCACGCCCCCACGCUGGACAGAAUUAUGCCACCAUAUCUGGCCUGAAACCAGCCACAGAGUAUAUCAUCAAGAUUGUUGCCAUCCAGAACACACAGAGAAGCACUCCGCUCGUGGGCAGAAUCAGGACUCCGCCAGACACCGUGCUCCCUGUACCGGUACCCCACCAUCCCGGAGGUGUCACCGAUAGGCUAGACGUGCCUGAAACCGACUUGGACAACAGAGUUCAGCUAGUGGGCAACAAUGGUCAGGAUGGGCUCGGCGGUCAGAGCCAGCAUGUGGAGUAUAUCGAGUACAACAACAAUGGGGCCACCCCGCAGUCCCCGUACGGGCAGGUUCAAGAGCCCCUGGUCUUCGUGCCCCUCCCCGACCCCCAUGGCCGGCGCAAACCCUACGUGAAGCUCAAUGUGCCCUUUGGUGCCGUAUUUGCCAACGAGACAGGUCUGCCGCAGGAGGCUCAAACGAGGACCGCCAUUUCCUGGAAGCCGUACAGUCAGAGCAACGCGUACCUGGUCUCCUGCAACCCAGUUACACAUUCGGAUGAGAAGAUGUUCCAGGUGCGCUUGCCAGGCACGACCACCGCUGCCACGAUGGUCGGCCUCACCCCGGGGGCCGACUACAACGUGAUUGUGGAAGCUUUGAAGGGGGCGCUCAAACACAAGGUCCUAGAGCGCCUCGUCACCGCCGGAAACACAAUCCAAGAGGGAGUUCCUUCCACAGACGACACCUGCUACGACACGUUCACCGCAACCUACCACGACGUCGGUGCUCAGUGGGAACGCAUGUCCGAGACGGGCUUCAAGUUGUGGUGCACAUGCCUGGGUCUGGGACGGGGCCACUUCAGAUGUGACUCUUCCAAGUGGUGCCAUGACAACGGACAAAACUAUCGCGUCGGAGACAAGUGGGACCGCCUGGCAGAAAAUGGUCAUUUGAUGAGCUGCACCUGCUUGAGCAACGGCAAAGGAGAGUUCAAGUGUGAACCACAUGAAUCCGUGUGCUACGAUGAAGGGAAGACAUUCCGGGUGGGCAACCAGUGGCAGAAAGAGUACCAAGCCGCUAUCUGCACCUGCACGUGCUACGGCGGACAGCAGGGCUGGCGAUGCGAGAACUGCCGCAGACCGGCCUCCGAUGCCGAUGCCGGUGUGCAGCAGCCUGUUCGAUAUGGAGACAAUACGCUACUCAAAACCAACAUCCACUGCCCCAUCGAGUGUCUCCGACCCAGCCUCCUGGCAGACGCGCUGGUGGUGCCGGACCCUCGGGAGUGAGGAACCGACCGUGGGACGAACCGCUUUGCUCCCUCACUGUCCGAUUACUGCACUGCCUGAACCGAGAGAUGUCGUGUCAUGUCUGCGAUGGAAGUAACGGCCUAAUCGUUAUCUGACACACGUUCAUCCAAAGAUGUUAAACUGCACUUCUGCCUGCUCAACAUGACCCCUUCACUCAUGACCAUCUCUAAUUUGGGUCUAUUGUGGGGGAAGGCCAUCACAGUAUUGUUGUUACUCUUGAAACACGCAUUUGGGUUUGGUUUCAAGCCAUUCUGUUACUGCUGGCGAGAGGGGUCACACUGUCUCUUUUACUAAUUUAUCCCUUUCAUUUCUGUGUGUGAAUGUGUUUGUAUCUAAUUGUCCAUGCCACGGUUGUUUCUACUUGACAGAAAGCCUCUUAUUGUAAUAAAGUUGGAAAGAUCCAGAAUCAGAACUUAA